AUGGUCCAAAGACGGUCGGUUUGUCUGGCGCGGCUGGUUGGGGCCAUAGCUUAUGUUGUUGCAAGGCUCGAGGCUCUCCCCGCACUCCCCUCUUUGCGGGGUGCUCCCCCUCCCCCCUCACCCCCUCGUUCGCCUCAGUUGCUACUCCCGCUGACCUUCCUGGUGCUGAGAAGGUCGCAGCUGCUUCCGCUCCUAGUGGGAAGCGCGGCGGGGGCCGGGGCGGCAAGGGGGGCAGAGGUGGCGGGGGUGGGGGUGGAGGGAGCGGUGGUGGGGGCGGUGGGGGUGGUGGGGGGGUUGGAGGUGGUGGUGGGGGUGGUGGAGGUGGCAGUGGCGGCAAGGGAGGAGGAGGCGGUGGUGGUGGGGGUGGUGGUGGAGGCGGGAGUGGGACCGGCCAGCAGCAGCAGCAGCGCCAGACCCCCUCUUCUCAGCAGCUUCAUGACUGUGCUGAGGGUGACUGCUACUUGUGCGUUCCGCCUGACCCAGGUAUAG